GCUUCUAAAACAAGAUGUGGGACUUCUUCCUCUGCCUGCUCCCUUCUCUGACGUUGGUCCUAGUUACUAUUCUGCUUCAAAUAAACUGGAUUCGUCAUCUUGCAGAAAGUGCCGUCCAGCGUUUGGGUUGCUUCAUGUGGACACGAACCUGUAGACUUCUCAAACUCUCAAAUACUAACGUUUCAGGAUCGACUAAGGAGAAGCCAGAGGUUAAACUGAUUUGCAAACCCACAGCUCUUGCCAGCUACCUGAGGAAACACUGGCAUGCUUUGACCCAGCCUCCAACACGGCCUCAGACUGACCCUCAUUCACAGAUAAUCACCAAUCUCAUGUGGCCCACGCUGGAAGAUGCUGAAAUGCAAGGAGUCCGAUUUACAAGGGAUCACCUUCUUCUUCAUGAUGGAGGUAUUGUGGCGCUGGACUGGGCUGUUGGUCUCAGCCAUCAUGAUCAGAUCAAAAGGCAACAUCAUCCAGGAGGAAAGGUUCUAGGCCUCCACUCAAGCAAUCCAGCUAUUGUUAUUUUGAUUCCCAAUGCUCUAGGUCGAGUGACACCACACUUGCUCAAGUUGUGUCACCUUACUCUGAAACAAGGUUUCUAUCCAGUCGUGUUCCAUCGCCGUGGUCACGGUGGCUGCCCUCUUACAACUCCCCGCUACCAGGAGUUUGGUAAUCCCUCAGACCUCAUGCAGACGGUAGCAUACCUGCGGAGCCACCAUCCAUCUUCGACUCUUCUCGCUGUAAGUGAGGGCUCAGGAUCAGGCUUGCUGCUGUCUUAUCUGGGGGAAUGUGGUUCUUCAUCGUACCUGAUGGCUGCAGCCUGCAUCUCUCCAGUGUUUCAUGGACAACUGUGGUUUGAAAAUGAAUUUCCUUGGCUCUAUCACUGGGUAGCUCUUAUGUACCGCAAGUUCCAAAUAAACAGGUACGCCACCUCUUUGAGCUCCGUGAUGGAUGUCGCAAACAUUUUAAGCUGCAAAUCCCUGCGAGACAUGGAGGAAUUCAUGUUCUGCACUAUUACACAACAAAACCACAGAACAUCAGACUCCAAGGACCACAUUAAAAAGGGCGAUUCAAGGAUACCACUGAAGCCUGACUGGGCAGGUUACUGGGACAGAAAUGAACCUUUAAGAGACGCAGAUGAAGUGGCAAUACCAGUCCUCUGUUUGUAUAGCACAGACGAUCCCCUUUCCCCACCCUCAUCCACAUUACCCGAGACACUUUUUCACAACAACCCUUACUUCCUGCUGGCCCAGACGGAACAGGGUGGCCACUGUGGCUUUAUGCACAGGGAUGAACGUGGAAAUACUACUUCCUGGAGUCAUUCUGCAGUGUUGGAAUAUUUUCACGUGGCUGCCGACUUCUUUGGGUUAGAGGACAAGAAAGGGUUCAAGGAUGUUAUAGCCAUGGGUUGCAGUCAUGGCCUGAGGCGUAGCACAAGCGCCGUGAUGUCCACGAGAAGGUCGACCCUGCUAAGGAAAGAAAGGCCUGUUUUGAGCUCACGAAGACGUCAGAUCUCAACUCCCUCUGAUACGUUUACUUUGGAAGAAGAGCGAGAGGAUUUUACUUGGAAUAGGUCCUACACACGUUGACUGAAAGGAGCAUGUGGUGUGUUACGAGCACAGCAGGGAGUGCGUGAUGUGUUAAUGGUUGUAACAUGACAAAUUGAACUGAAAACAGAUUUGUGGAGUUUCCAUUUCAACACUUUCUUAAAGGUCCAGAAUAAAACAUUUUGGAGGAUCUAUUGACAGAAAUUCAAUAUAAUAAAUAUAACUAUGACUUCAGAGGUGAAUAAAGACCUUUAAUGAAGAGUUAGGUUUUUUUUUACUAAUGGGCUUUGCACAUACAGUCAGAAAUUUCGAAUGCGUUUUUUCGUAUUUGGCGCUCACUUGUACGGUGCCUCUGGAUUUUCAAAAGGCCUCUCAAAAUCUGUGAUACAGAUGUGAAAAACGCAGAAAAUCAAACCCAUUGCGAAUCUUUUUAUGACAGAAAAAAAUAUCGGAGGCAAUGUGUUAAUGCGAUUGACACAACGUGUGGUCGUAUUUGUUUUUUAACGUGAGGAGACUUCAGACGCAAAUUUAGGACUCAAUGUGCAAUGGCUUUUAGAAUGAGCUAUUUCUAUACACAGUGGGUCUCCUUGUAUGGAAUUGGUCAUGUUCUUUCUAAAGCAGCUCUAAACGGACAAACUUCUCUACAGAACACGUUUCGUAAAUACGCUAUCUCCUUAGAGCUAAGAUUUCGGCAGGUUUUCGCCUUUUUGCCUGUGUCAGCCACCGUAGUGCUUAGAAAGAGAGGAGGCGAA